GUUUUGGUGAUUUUCCACAAAAUUUUGAUCAUGCUGAUUUUGAGAGAAGAAAUUUUAGUGUAUGGAAACAGUGUUAUCAAGCUUUUGCUGAAGAAAGAGUUGGCAGAAGAUGCAAGGCUUUGCGUGUUUUAAAUUCAUAUUGGGUGGCCCAGGAUUCCACAUACAAGUUUUAUGAAGUGAUUUUGAUAGAUCCUGCUCAUAAUGCAAUUCGCAAUGAUCCGAAGGUUAAUUGGAUUUGUGACGCUGUACAUAAACAUCGUGAGUUGAGAGGAUUGACUUCGGCUGGGAGGAAAUCUCGUGGUCUUGGAAAAGGUCAUAAAUAUAGUAAAACUAUUGGUGGAUCACGCCGUGCUUGCUGGAAGAGAAGGAAUACACUUCAGCUUCGACGUAAACGUUAAAUGCUGUGUAUUCCUUGAAAUAAAAUUUUGACUUAUUAGA